ACUUCUUAAUUUGAGGUGAGCGUUGUUUUCAUUUGGUGUUAUUAAAAUCGUUAAAAAUGGAUAUUAACAUGAUUGACUUGAUGGAUUUAGAAGAUUUGGACAUGCUGGAGACCACUCGGCGACCUGAUAGACAUCGACAUCGUGUGAAUCCGUUUGAAUUGAGUGACGAAGAUUUUAGGUAUAAGUAUAGGUUCUCAAAACGUUUCGGAGAAAAAAUAGUGGGUAUCUUACGUGAGGAUUUAGUGCACGACCCUCGAGGAUGCCCAUUGAGUCCUGAAAUUCAAGUGGUUUGUGCAUUACGCAACUGGGCUCGCCAUGAAAUUCAAGACGAUACAGCUGAUUUACAUGGUGUGUCUCAACCAGUAGUCAGUAGGACAUGUAAAAAAGUAGCGGAAAUUUUGUCACGGAAGUCCCGAGAAUUUAUUAAAAUGCCUACUACUUUAAAUGAACAGCAGGAAACCAUUAGGAAAUUUCGCAGUAUUGCUAAUUUUCCUACAAUAAUUGGCGCAAUUGACUGUUUUCACAUACGAGUAAAGAAAGUGAAUGCUGAUGGGGGUCAGUUAUAUAUUAAUAGAAAAGGAUUUUCUUCAGUUAAUGUACAGGUGGUUUGUGAUGCUGACCUGAAAAUCAUGGACAUUGUUACCAGGUGGUGUGGUAGUGUACAUGACUACAGAAUAUUCCGAGAAUGUAGACUAAAACAGAGGUUUGAGGCUGGUGCAUUCUCUGGAAUAUUACUUGGUGACAGUGGCUAUCCUUGUACUCCUUACCUAUUUACACCGCUGCUGAACCCCACACACCACAAGAAGAAAGAUAUAAUAGGAGCCAUAUCCGUACCAGGAACACAGUGGAAAGAGGUAUGUUUGGAGAUAUUGAAACAGCAAAAAAAAACAAUUGUUGCAUGUGCUGUACUACACAAUAUGGCCAUCGACAUGAGAGAAGAUGUGUUUUCUGGUGAGAGAGAUAGCAUUGAACAAUAUUCAUCUGAACCUAUAGUACAAAGAUAUAUUGCACCAUCAAUAAGGGGAAAUAUUAGAAGAAGACAGUUUAUUGAAACUCAUUUUCAGUAGACAUAAUACCCAUUUAUAAAGGAAAAUAUUUCUGCAGAGCCGUUGUCAGCUGUCAAAGAAUAACGACUACAUAUUCACCAAUAUGAAAUAAAUUCAGGGGAGUAUUGUGAUAAUAUUUCAUUUAUUGAGCAAAAUGCUUUUAUUUAGGCUAUAAAUGAUUGUGUUUCAGGGAAAGAUGCGUGGUACAGCACAUUCCACAUCAAUAUGAAGCUAUAUUAUAUAAAGAUUUAAGUGCUGUAGAGAUAUGUUUAGAUUUUUUAAUAAAUAUCGUCCCUCCUCUACAUUCACAGCCAGAUUUCCUUUCUAGAGGUGCACGGGUCCACGGGGAGUAGGACUGUAUGAUGACAAAGUAAUUAGGUUUAGUUUUUUUAUUAUAGUUUUUUACUAUUGUAUAUUAUAUUUCAUUGUUAUGUAAAUAAAAUGCAUAUUAAUUAUAAUUAUUUAUUUUAAUUAUUAAUAAAAGAUGUACAAAUAUUUACAGCAAUUAAGUACCUGAAAAUAAUAUUUUCAUAUAUGAGGAUAUUUACAAACAUGUAUCUCAUAUAGUCUCAAAUAUUUAGUUUUUUUUAUAGGAUAAUGGUGAUAAACACAGUCUACCACACACACACACACACACAGUCCAUCUGAUGUUAAGUAACUGCUGUGGUGCAUAGACGUCCACAUCUAUCCUCGACUACAAAUCAAAAUGCAGAUGCGUUGUCACCCGUGUGGAGUAAGAUGGAAUGCCUCGUUUCCUGUAAAAGAGGUCUCUCUCAUACAAAAUUUGUACAAAAAUUUAUCCAAAAUUUGUCAAUAAACAAGUUUAAAUGUUUCAUUAAAGAAAAAUUUUAUAAAAAGGUUAUUAUAAUAUUAAAGAAUACAUAAAUGAAAAUAUUGGAAAUACUGGAAUUGAGGUGAUCGCCACCAUGGUGGUUCUAUUAAAAUUCAUUUAAAAAUUGUACAAAUAAAAUUAUUGUUAAGAGAAAUAUGUUUAUAAAAAAGUCCCGCUGGGUUUCUUACUAGUUCUUCCCAGGACUGAGGUAUUUUCCGAACCAGUGGUAAAUAAAAAAUGUCUUUCAAUAAGUAUUCUGUAAUAAUCUUUAUUUAAUAAAAAUCAUUCUAUUCUAUUCUCGUUCUAUAAACUCACCAUAAUAAACACAGCAGCAUUAUGCUGCUAUUUAACUUGUGUUUUUCUGACUUUCUAAUAACGAUAUUUGUAACUCUAAUUUUCUAAUUUUUAGGUUAGCUAUUUUAAUAUUGUAUUUAUGUUCCUCUUCCAUCAUUUCCAGUUGUCUUUUUUUUAAAUCUGUGUUACUUUUUACAAUUGUUUGGUGUAUCUUCUCUUCUGUAAAAUGAAAUGGAAUACUUAAUGUAAGUUUUGUAGUUAUUUUAGACAUUUACAAAGUAUUCUAGAGUAAUAAAAGUGCACUUAACCUUGUACACCAAUUAAAGAAAUAUUUUUUAAUUAUUUUUAAAUCAAUUCAUAUUAAACUUUGCUUUUAAUAUUUGAAAACAUGAAACAAUUUUCAGUGUUUAAAUACUAAUUUUCACAUUUUAAAAAGUAUGCAAUGUAUCAGACUAUGUAAUUUUUUCAACAUACCUAUUUUGCAAGCUAUUUUUCCUGUUUUUAAUUUUUGUUAUACCCCUAGUAAUAAUAUCUUUAUUGUUGGUUAUUUUCACCAUUUUGACACUUUCUUCUGUAUCUGUAGUUGGAUCUAUCUCUAAAAAUUAAUAUAAAUAUAACAGUUUUAGAAAAUUAACAUUUAUAAUAUUUACAAACUUGUAUGCAUAUGAUUGUAACUAUAAUAAUAAUAUAUUUUGCUUUUU